GUAAUCCAUUAGAGAAGAGAUAUUUUUGUGAUCAUAUCUGUAAUUUCGCGUAUUUCAUUCAUUUUUCAAUACUGUUCUCAGUGCAGAUUGAGCUAUAAGAGAAGAAAUGGGAGGUGGAUUUCGAGUUCUCCAUCUCGUCCGUCCUUUUCUUUCUUUUCUGCCUGAAGUUCAAAGUGCUGACAGGAAAAUCCCCUUUAGAGAGAAAGUAAUAUAUACUGUGAUCUCCCUCUUCAUCUUCCUUGUAUGUAGUCAGCUCCCUUUGUAUGGAAUACACUCUACAACUGGUGCAGAUCCAUUCUAUUGGAUGCGUGUCAUUCUUGCUUCAAAUAGGGGUACUGUCAUGGAGCUUGGAAUCACCCCCAUUGUGACUUCUGGGCUUGUUAUGCAACUCUUAGCGGGGUCAAAGAUUAUUGAAGUUGAUAACAAUGUGCGUGAGGAUCGAGCACUUCUAAAUGGAGCACAGAAGCUAUUAGGCAUUCUAAUAGCUAUUGGUGAAGCUGUUGCCUAUGUUCUCUCUGGGAUGUACGGUAGUGUUAGCCAACUUGGUGUUGGUAAUGCCAUUUUAAUUAUUAUCCAACUCUGCUUCGCUGGCAUAAUUGUUAUUUGCUUGGACGAACUCCUUCAGAAAGGAUAUGGUUUAGGGUCUGGAAUCUCACUCUUCAUUGCAACCAAUAUCUGUGAGACCAUCAUCUGGAAGGCGUUCAGUCCAACUACUAUCAACAGUGGACGUGGAGCUGAAUUUGAAGGAGCUGUCAUAGCAUUAUUUCAUUUGCUAAUAACCCGGACAGAUAAGGUGCGUGCACUUCGAGAGGCAUUCUAUCGGCAAAACCUACCAAACGUAACAAACUUGCUCGCCACAGUAUUGAUCUUCCUCAUCGUUAUCUACUUCCAAGGGUUCCGGGUUGUUUUGCCUGUCAGGUCAAAGAAUGCCCGUGGACAACAGGGUUCAUAUCCGAUCAAGCUGUUUUACACUUCAAACAUGCCUAUCAUUUUGCAGUCAGCUCUUGUAUCCAAUCUUUACUUUAUCUCACAGUUGCUGUAUAGAAAGUACAGUGGAAGUUUCCUUGUGAACCUGUUGGGGAAGUGGAAAGAAUCUGAAUAUUCUGGUCAAUCUGUUCCUGUUGGCGGUCUAGCUUAUUACAUUACAGCACCAUCAAGUUUGGCAGAUAUGGCAGCCAAUCCCUUCCACGCUUUAUUUUAUAUUGUGUUUAUGCUGUCAGCUUGUGCUUUAUUUUCAAAGACUUGGAUUGAAGUUUCAGGAUCAUCGGCCCGUGAUGUGGCUAAACAGUUAAAGGAACAACAAAUGGUUAUGCCUGGGCAUAGGGAAUCAAAUCUGUAUAAGGAACUGAACCGGUAUAUACCGACUGCAGCAGCUUUUGGUGGAAUGUGCAUUGGUGCACUGACAGUACUGGCAGAUUUCAUGGGUGCAAUCGGUUCUGGAACAGGAAUUUUACUGGCCGUGACCAUCAUAUACCAAUAUUUUGAGACGUUCGAAAAGGAAAGGGCUAGCGAGCUUGGUUUCUUUGGAUUCUAAACCCCAUUUUUUGCAGUUGCCCUUGAGGUCUUAUCACUUUUGCAAGCUCCAAAAUGCAAGGCAGGCUUUGACUUUAGUUGCCCUAGGUUAUAAGUUCAGGAACAUCUGAUCACUUGGUGUUCGCUUCUGACUAGGCUUUGUUGUGAUUACAUAUAUGGCCGAUGACACAUGUCUCUUUGCAGCUGACCUUCAGGAUAACUCAAGUUUUCUUUCUAUUUUUCCUUUUUAAGUAGAGAGAUGCUAAAUGAAAUGCAUCUCAAAUUUCAUUCUUGGCAGAUGAAUGUGUGAAGACCAUUUCAGUUUACCAGCAAUUUGUUUGUUCUUUCUUGAUGCUUAUCUGGAUUUCUACAAGCCAUAAACGGUGUAGUCAUGAAUUCCAAAUCUAGUUCCAAUGUUGUUCGUUUUAGGAUGAGAUAAAGAAGGAACAAUUAAUUUUCACUAUGAUGAACGUAUGUUUUAUUUUGGG